CACACACACACAUUCACACACACACGCACCUCCUCCUCAUAAUAUCAGAUCAGUACCUUUUCCAAACACACAGUGAACGCCAGAGAAAGAGAGUGAGAAAGGGAAAGUAAAACAGAGCAUGAAAGUUUUUAGUAAGUUUUAAUCUGCCCAUUUUGUGCAAUACUUAGGGAGCUGCCCGAGCAUAAAGCUUAAACGAGGAUCCUGGAGUAACUCAGAGCUGAAUGCAACAGGUGCGGCAAACACACCAAAGGACAAGUAUUUCGAUUGAAUAUUAGACCAAGAAAAAACGAUUUCAAAUCAGUAGCCUAAGCUGUGAAGAUUUAUUCAAUUGUUUUGAAAAGAUUGGCAAUUAUGGAAAACGCAGAGGACUACACCAGUCUGCAGGAGUUUACUGAAGACUUGUCCUCCAGAGGCACACAGGGACUGAAAAGGGGGUCUGAGUGUUUACGGAGGGAAACUGCACUAUUUGUGCUCAUUGGCCUCCUGGUCUCUGUCUGUGCCAACAUUGUACUGAGCGUGCUUCUUUUCACCAGGCUCUCGGCCAAUGUUCCUCAAGAGACUACAGCCAUGACCCUGAGGUUAAACUCUGUACAGAGCCGGUACUCAGCCUCUGUGAAGACCUACACCAUGCUGGGACAAAGCUGCUCCAAGACAGUGAAGAAGUGUCGAGAGUGCCCUGAAGAAUGGACACAUUUAGCAGACAAAUGCUACAAGUUCAGUAAUAAAAAGCUGGACUGGUUGAGUAGCAGCCAAAGUUGCACAACUAUGGGAAGCCAUCUGACUAUACUGCACAGCAAAGAACAACAUGUAAGUAUGUGUGUAUGUGUGUGCCUCUGUCCGUGUUUCAGAGCUGAAUUUGCUGCCGUUACCCCAAGGGCGGGCCUUCCUGUUGCCAAGGACGACAGCAGCAACACAGCCAUCCUGAUUGGUUGCCUGGUGGGCAUCAUAUUACUGCUCCUGGCGGUCAUCGCUGUCAUUCUGUGGAGGCAGUACUGGAAAAAGAUACUGGGCAAGGCCCAGGGCAGUCUGUCCAGCGAUGAACUCCGCGUCCAUCUGUCCGUCCCAUCGGACAACGUGGUCAUCAACAACACCCACAGCUACUCCAGCCGCUACCAGCGCAUACACACCUUCCCUGACGAGAGGGACCGUGAGCGGGAGGGCGAGGGCGAGUACCAGGAGCCAAGCGCUCUGCUGAGGCCCAGAGACCAGAGGGACAGCACCGCCUUGCUGUUAAACAACCCAGCGUAUCACCUGCUCCUGUCUGAUCAGAGACAAGGCUCCUGGCCCCUGGCUGGGCCCAGCACCUCCCAGGCUCAGGAAAAGAGCCUCAAUGUUCCCCAGGCAGCCUGCGGCCUGGACAGGGAUCUGGAGAAGGGCUUCCCCCCCACCCAGGAGGAGCCUCCCCCCUACCCUGGUGCCCCUCCCUACCCCUCCGUGUCCCCCCCGCUGCCCCCCAGCGUGCCCCACUACGCCGAGGCCGACAUCGUGAGCUUGCAGGGCGUCAGCGGCAACAACACGUACGCCGUGCCCGCCCUGACCACGCCCAGCCCCGGCGCAGACUCCGCCCCCCUGCCGGAGCUGCCGCGCCAAUGUCUGGUGUUCAAGGAGAAACUGGGGGAGGGCCAGUUUGGAGAGGUGCACCUGUGUGAGAUCGAGAGCCCUCAGGACCUGCCCAACCUGGAGUUUCCCUUCAACGUGAGGAAAGGACGCCCCCUGCUGGUGGCAGUGAAGAUCCUGCGUCCAGACGCCUCCAAGAACGCCAGGAACGAUUUUCUGAAGGAGGUGAAGAUCCUGUCUCGUCUGAAAGACCCCAACAUCAUCCGUCUGCUUGGCGUGUGCGUGAGCAGUGACCCUCUGUGCAUGGUGACAGAGUACAUGGAGAGUGGAGACCUCAACCAGUACCUCUCACACAGAGUCCUGCUGGACAAAUCAGUGCCCAGUCACCACACCCCCACCAUCAGCUACCCAGCCCUCAUCUCCAUGGCCAGCCAGAUAGCGUCGGGGAUGAAGUUCCUGUCGUCCCUGAACUUCGUCCACCGCGACUUGGCCACGCGCAACUGCCUGGUGGGGGGCGAGCGAGGCGAGAGCGGCGGGGAGCGGCCAAUCAAGAUAGCCGACUUUGGGAUGAGCAGGAACCUGUACGCAGGGGACUACUACCGCAUCCAGGGGCGAGCUGUGCUGCCCAUCCGCUGGAUGGCCUGGGAGUGUAUCCUGAUGGGUAAGUUCACCACGGCCAGUGACGUGUGGGCGUUCGGAGUGACUCUGUGGGAGAUGCUGAGCGUGUGUCAGGAGCAGCCAUACUCCAACCUGACUGACGAGCAGGUCAUCGACAACGCUGGAGAGUUCUUCAGAGACCACGGCAGACAGGUGUACCUGAGCAGGCCAGCCAUAUGUCCCCAGGGUCUGUAUGAGCUCAUGCUGAGCUGCUGGAACCGGGACUGCAAGCUGCGCCCCUCCUUCGCCCACAUCCACGCCUUCCUCACAGAGGACGCCAUGAACAUGGUGUAGACGGAGAGGGAGGGAGAGGCCGGGAGAUGAAGAACGAGGAUGAGGAGAGGAUGAGGGGGACCCUCUGCUGAGCUCAUCCCUACCGUUUUAGCAGUAGAGGAAAGGCUGAUAAUGGAAAUGAAGAGAUUAGACGGUCGCUUGUACAUUUCCUGUUUCCCUGGGUGGACGGGACUGAGAGACCGCAGGUUCGGUUUUCAGUCACACCCCCCCCACACACACACACACACACACACCUGUAGCCCCCCUAACCCAAAGUACUGUAGACCAUAGUACUACCCCUAAAUCUCAUCAUAAAUGUAAAACAAUGGCUGGUGGUGGGUUAACUGCAUCCUGCUUAAUGAACUGUCGUUUCUCCAAGCUAAUGACUUAGAGGGCUUUCAUGACUCACAUUGAACCUUUGUAACGCACGCUCGAUGACAUAAGUGAAGCCGAAUCAAAGAAAAAGGUUGGAACAGUUCCUUAAAACGUGAUUAUUGUAGAACAGCAGAUCCGUGUUUAGUCCGUGUGGGUGCGCUUGGUUACACAUUGUAUAGCACUGCUGUAGUUUGGCGGUAUUUGCGAUAGUGAAGUCUACAACCUGGGGGUGUCCUGGCCCUGGUCGACGUACAGGAUGUACACUGCAGCCACGUCUCUGUGAACACGGCACAUUUCAGCGUCCCGGCACGACACUCCAGCCCUCUCCAGAGGAGGCACAGCUUGUGGUCCAAGACUGUGGCUCAUGUUCUACAGGAGAGUCCCAGGUCCUUUCCCCAGCCUGGUCCCCCCUACCCCCCACCCCCAACUAGGGUGUCAUGACGAUAUCCACCCCCCGCCCCCCCAGGGCUAAUGCCCUUUUCUCAGUCUCUUAUCUCAAGUCUCUCAGAUCUCAGUUGCAGAUCACGGGCUCCCCCUUCACGCCUGCAGUCAGUCACAGCGUUGUGACAGCGAUCGUCUGGCGAGGGGCAGACACUGCAGGGCCGACAGCCAAUCCGGUUGUUGGACCGUUUUGUUCCACGCCACGUUGUCACUUCCUGUAUCGAAGAGGAGCCUGGCGCUGUCGCACCCGUCAGGUGUCACACACCCAGUCAGCAGAGGGCGCACGGGCACAGGAAGUGACAUAUGAAACAGGAAACGAGACUCGAAAGAGGCUGUAUGUACUGUACCCACAUGCAAGCGUAUUAACCAGUUCCAACCACCUUGACCAGCCCCAGACACAGGGAUACAAGUCCCAUUUUCACAAACCAGCUGCACUUUAGAAAAACAUGUAUCCUGGUCCAUCGGUGCCCACAGCUCACCAACGCAGAACUCCCAGGCAACUCCUGAAAAGGCCCAAACCAUAGAAGAAGCAGCAUUGCGUUUGGCUUUCUUCCCUGGUAGUUUUGCAAUGCGAUGCAAGCGCACGGCGCCAAGGACAACAAGAAGAGAACCAGGAGCAUUAAAUGCUGGGAGAACAGGGCGCAUUAAAUGCAGUAUGCAUAGCUGUUUAGUUAACCUCUGUAUUAUCACAUAUAGGCCUAUAAAGCUGACCAGGGUAGGCCCUCUACCUUACUGAUUGUACAGAACUGUAUGCUUGUCCAGUUUAAUUAUUAAGUAAUCCCUGUUUACUGAUUGGAUGAGAGUGAACGAUCAUGCCAUGUGAAUGCAGUAUGUGCCAUUUGAUUGAUCAUUUUUGAUACACUGUAGUUGGACUAAACCCAUAUUUUUUUAUAUACUGUAUGUACUUAGACACUCCUUGACGUCAGUGAUUUUGUCCUUUUUGUCUUUGAAGCAGAACCUAACGGCAUGUACAUAUUUUAAGAACGGAAUUCUGAUUUUGUUCACUAAUAUAUGGAAAUUCUUUGCUAUUUUUGGGGUCUUUUGUUUCCUUGUAGAAAGCUUGCUAACUUGAUGCCAUUGUCAUUCAUCGUGCUGUCUAUUUUUGUAGAUGUUUUAAUAAAAUUAAUCUUUUCAAAUAAAGCAGGUAAGAUAUCCCAGUUUAAUGUACAAUAUGCGAAUACUAUUUACAAUUGUCCUCUAAAACUUAAACCAGAACUUUGUAAAAGAAUAAACAAAACAAGAUUGAGUUCAAUUACAAAAAUUCUGAGAUUGUUUAAUGUGUGUAUAUAACUAUGGUACAUUCUCAUAAAUGUUAGGCAAGCAUUGUUUUGGCCACUGUAUAGGGUAUACGAAUGGCAAUCUUAAUCUGACAGUAGCCUAGACAAACAGGGGAAAAAACGUCAGAAUUCUUAAGGCUCUAUUAUCACCAUUAUUAGCACAUCUAACUUCUGAUUGGCUGAUGUCAGUUGGGCAACAGAAGCCUUAAAUGUUCAGGCACUUAGAAGUAACAUGAUGCACAGACAACCAAGAGUAGUUAUGUCGAUUCUUGAAGAGAUGUACAUGAACUAAAACCAAACUGACCAUAGCAGCAAGUUGAUAUAAUCCUACCCCAACCCAAACAAAUAAUAAAAAG